AUGGAGAAAAAACUCAAAGCGGCUCAGCAUAAAAAGAAGGUUGCGUUGGAGAAUAUCAAAUCGCUUGAAAGAUUUGUGACCACGUUCUCCAAGGAUGAAGUGGGUCAGCUUCCAGGUGCAUUGGAGAGGCUUCAGCAGCAAAAGGAGGAUUUCUUCGCAGCGAUGGCGAAAUUAGAAGAACUCGAUGAUAGCAGUGAAGCGUUGGAAUCGUGUAUCAGCGAUAGGAUUGACAUGGAGGAGCGUUGCCAACGUUUGAAGGCAUUCUUGCGGACGAAUCUUCCGAAGGAGACACCAGAUUCUUCGAUGCUGGCAAACUCAACAAUGGCAUUUGGACGGCCAACUGCAACCAAUCUUCGGCUUCCAAAAAUCGAAUUGCCUACGUUCGACGGUGACUCUACAAAAUGGCUCUCGUUUCGCGACCGUUUUGUAUCGAUGAUCGAUGAUUCGGCAGAAUUGUCAUCGAUUGCUAAACUGCAGUAUCUACUGUCAUCUUUAAAGGGCGACGCUGCAUUACCCUUCGAGCACACACCGUUAAUAAACGAAAACUACGCGGUCACUUGGAAGGCGCUGUUGAAAAGAUACGACAAUACACGUAGCCUUAUUCGUGAGUAUUGGCGGAAACUUCAUUUUCUUCCGGUGGUAAAAUCAGAGAGCGUCGAAGAUCUAACUAAUUUAGUGGAUGAAUUCACACGGCAUUUGAAUGGUUUGGCCAAGCUGAAAGAACCUGUGGAGGCAUGGGAUACUCCUUUGUCCAACAUGCUGCUGAUGAAGUUCGACAGCGAGACCAUUCUUGCGUGGGAGAAGCAUUCCGUCCACUUCGAGCGGGACAAGUAUCAGGAACUGAUGAAAUUUGUCGAAGAUCGGAUCCAGAUCCUCAAAUCCACUAAAAGCCUUACCAUUGUAGAGGAUUCGACGAUUAAGGUGGCCGGCAACGCACGGCAAAAUACCUCACGGAGAGCCAUUACAAACACCGCAGCCAUUCACAAAUCCUCGGGGCAACCACGGUGUUUAUUGGAGUGCGCUGAAAAUCACUCGCUACGCAUGUGUGCAAUAUUCAACGGCAAGGAUGUGCAGCAGCGACGCGACAUCGUGGCAAAGAAGCGCUGUUGCUGGAAUUGCCUAAGCAAUACGCAUCUAGCGAAGGACUGCAAGUCGGAUCGGUCCUGUCGCACGUGUGGGGAGCGUCAUCAUUCACUGCUACACAUUUCUUCGACGAUAUCGAUGGGAGUGAACUCGGAAGACGAAACGGUGUUCCUUGAGACGGCGGUGCUACAUCUCGUCGAUGACUACGGAACAAGGCACGAGGCGAGAGCGCUUCUCGAUUCCGGAUCGAUGUCUAACUUCAUCUCGGAAGCGUUCGCUCGGAAAUUAAUGGCCUCUCGGUCUAAGGUCAACGUUUCCAUCUCUGGCAUCGGUAUGGCGUCGCAGUUGGUGAACGGGUCGAUUGUGGCAACCGUCCAGUCGAAGAUACAACCAUUCGCGACUCAAAUGGAAUUCCUGAUCCUGAAUAACCCAUCGGCGGACAUCCCAACGACUCCCACUGACGUGUCUUCCUGGAGGAUGCCGGUAGAUGCAGUUUUGGCGGAUCCAUCGUUCUACAUCCCAGGCAGAAUUGACAUCGUCAUCGGGGGAGAUGCGUUCUGGGAGAUUCAUUCCGGAAGGAAACGGUCGCUUGGCAAGGGACGUCCGUGGCUGGUCGAGACUCCCUUCGGUUGGGUCGUCGCGGGUAACACUGCCCAAGCUGCAAAGGAGGCUCCACGAAUUUGCCAUGUGGCUACGUCAAACACCCCACUGGAAGUGAUCCUGAACCGGUUCUGGGAAUGCGAAACCCUUCCCAACGAAGCAACGUUUUCGGCCGAGGAGGACCUCUGCGAGAAACAUUACGUUUCUACGACGACUCGGGACGCUGCGGGAAGGUAUGUGGUUAGUUUACCGUUUAACUCGAAUGCCAAUACAAUUUUAGGAGCUUCCAAGGAGAUCGCCGAUCGCCGGUGGGCGGGAAUGGAACGUCGGCUGAAUUCCAACCCGCAAAUGAAAGAGGCAUACAUCAAGUUUAUGAAGGACUACGAGCGUUUGGGGCACAUGAAGAAACUUAGCGAACCCGUUGAUGAUUCAGUUCCGCAUUACUAUCUGCCGCAUCAUGCAGUAGUAAAGGAGACCAGUACGACCACUAAGGUUAGGGUUGUCUUUGAUGCAUCCUGCAAGACAACCUCCGGGUUUUCACUAAACGACACUUUGCUCAUCGGUCCGGUAGUACAGCAAGAUCUGCUUUCGAUUGUCAUGCGUUUUCGGGCUCAUGCGAUAGCAAUUACUGCAAACGUGGAGAAAAUGUAUCGUCAAUUCCUUCAUCACGCCCAAGACAAGAAUUUUCUUCGCAUUCGGUACAGAGAAAAUUCCGCAGAACCCAUAAGCACCUACGAACUACAAACGGUUACCUACGGCACGGCAUCGGCACCAUUCUUAGCUACACGAACUCUGAAGCAGAUUGCAAACGAUCAUGGGGAGCAAUAUCCACGCGCAGUUAGCCCUGUCCUGUACGAUUUCUACGUGGAUGACCUACUAACCGGUGCUGACGAUCAAACAGAUGCAAUCGAAAUAGUGAGCCAAGUUACAGAAAUGCUGCAGUCAGCUGGUUUAUCGCUAAAAAGGUGGGCAUCGAACAUACCUGAAGUGCUCUCUCGCAUUCCACCAGAAGACGUAGCGAUCUUACCAACAUACGAAUUACGAGACGCGCAAUGUGUAUCCACUCUCGGGCUUGUAUGGGAGCCAGCCCUCGACUUGCUUCGGUUCCGGAUCGAUCUUCCAUCUACAGCACCAAUAUGGACACGAAGGAUAACAAUGUCUUACAUUGCAAAGAUAUUUGAUCCACUCGGAUUGUUGGGACCAGCCAUAACAGUAGCCAAGCUAUUCAUGCAACAGCUUUGGUUGCUAAAGCAAGACGGGAAAGCUUGGGACUGGGACGUUGAGCUGCCAUCACAGGUCCAAAAGGAAUGGCACAAGUUUUACUCUACAUUACAUCUUCUUCGGGAAGUACGCAUCCUGCGUUACAUAUCAAGCCGGGAACCCACGAGCAUACAACUACACAUCUUUGCAGAUGCAUCCCAAGCUGCAUUUGGGGCAUGCUGCUACCUUCGAACUAUUGGAACUAUGUGCGGCUCGACUGGCAACACACUUAUACCGGAAGGUCAGCCAAUCCUUAAACAUUACUAUACAAUCCACGGUAUGCUGGACCGAUUCCAUGACCGUGAUACAUUGGUUGAAUUCCUCACCUCGACGUUGGAAACCAUAUGUGGCAAAUAG